AUGCAGGACUCGAUGGAUCUCGUUAUUGAAGCUGUGAGGGGUCUACCUACGAAGGUAAUUGACCCCGACGGCGACGCUACUCUGAUUCUGUCCAGCAGGCAGUAUCGCAGGCUUUUCCUCUGCUCCUCACAACGCCUUAUUUCCACCUGUGGUCACUUCCGCAAGAAGCUUGCCGAAGGUGGACAGCCUCAUACGGAGCUCAUGCGGGACAAAAAGGUUUAUCUGACCAUUAGUGACUUCGACCCCAAAGCUGUCGAAAUCAUCCUCAGCCUCAUCCAUGGCCGAAUCGACAACAUCCCGCGAAUGCCAGAUUUCCCCUUGCUAUUGGACCUCGCUCGAUUUUGUAGAUAUCUUCAAUGCCUACCCGCCUUGAAGCCUUUUGCAAACUCCUGGAUGAAUAGACAAAAGAACUCGAUCCUUGCAACUUCGGCCCUCACUGCCGAUUCACACUCAUUGAUGUUCAUCUCUUUGACCUUCCGGCACCAAGAAGUCUUCCGACACAUCACAGCCAUCUUCCAGCAAAACUUGGCCGAUCGAAUGGACCUAUUCAGAACUCAGCCGCUCGUUCCCAAGGAAAUUAUCAAACGCAUCAAUGCAGCCAGAGAAGCCUACCUCAACAAAUUGUCAAGACUGCUCUACGCCCAUCAUAAACGACUGUCAAGGGGUCCCCCCAUUUGUACCUCCAAAUGCGAUAAAUCCUAUUCGAACAUGAUGAUUGAGAUCUCGGCGAGCGGCUUGUUACCGUUUUUUCAGCAACCAAAUCCACGAUACACAGGGUAUGUACCAAAGUCCGUCCGUCUGAAGCUACUGCAGAUUAGCAGCGACAAUUUUCUCCAUACCGAUCGCGUCUGCCCUCAUGGUAAAGGGCCCCUCUGCCCAAACUAUCACAACCCUUUGGGCGUGGAUGUGGAGAACCAUCUCUGGCAAUUUGCGGCUCUUCUUCCCGGUGCCGACUUGCCGGUCCAAGAGUGA